UAAUUGAUUAGGUACUUGCUAAAUAAAGAAUAUCUAACGGAUAAAGGUUCAUAUUACAUACUUCGUCAGUUCACGUCCUUUUUGUUUGUAAAAACAGCGUUUGAAAAUACUCAUUUUCGCACCAUUUCCAUGGCAACAUAAGCGAAUUAGUAAUAAUAACAAUAAUUGGUUAAUACAUUAAUGACAUAUCGCCAAAUAUGAAACGAGUUUCCUCUGUUACCGAUAAUGGACGUCGUGCACUUCGGCUGCGUAAAAUAAUCAAUAAACAGCAGUUCCAGUGAGUUAUUAAUACAUUACUGUAAAAAUGGAGUUAUACCUUAAGACCAAUGUGAUCAUUUAAAAAAAUCUUACCAAGUAGAAGGGCUGUUGGUUAGUUAAAACAAGUGAAGAUUUCCACCUGUCAAAACUCGCAAGACCAUUUCGUAUCCUUGGUGACUGCCUAGCAACCGACACAACAACAUAGCAACAUUGGAGACCGACAGGAGUAGCCUUGGUGACGCAGCCAUGGCAACCACAGCCCGCUUCGCAUCAGCAGGAGGAGGCAACAGCAGCCCUCCCACACCAGCUCCGGCGACAACACCCCCUGCUCAGCCUCAGCAAACUCAGCUUAUCGUUCUACCAGCGAGUUUACAUCAGACAACGGGUACAAUCGUUAAUGGCGUUCCAGUGAUAGACGUCUCCGCUUUGGAACAAGCGGCGGAUUCCAGCAACGAAAGCACUGCUACCAACGAGCAGCAAAACGAGAACCACGAAGCUGAUCCAUUAGCGACUGCGUCUCCUCACUAUAUCACCGUUACAGUUGCUGAAAGUGACACUGUGGCUUCUCAUCAAGGUUACCACAUCCAGUAUGUCGAACCAGAAAUAUACGCUACCCAAACGAACGGCGGGCAGGCACAAAUGGCGUAUCCGGUGUAUACUGUUGGGGAGUCUGCAACACUAUAUCCAAUAGCGAAUGCUGGACAGGGACAGAGUCAGUACUACGCAGCCACCAACUCUGGCACCACGACAGUAACCGGAACAGUGGGAUACACUACCACUGGGGGUCAGUAUGUUGUUCAGCAUACUGUCGAUGCCGAUUCUCUCAUAUCUUCAAACAGGGUAUCUCCGCAAACUACAAGUGCGGAGACAAGUUACGUAGCUACGGCGACAGUGCAUGCUUCCCAGCCUUCGGGACAAGUAGUUGCAGGUGAAGACGUAGGAUCCGCUCUAGGACAUGCUACCAGGGUAGCUCCUGCCACCGUGCAAUGGUUGCUAGAAAACUAUGAAACUGCCGAAGGAGUUUCAUUACCUCGUUCUACAUUAUACGCUCACUACCUCAGACAUUGUGCCGAAAACAAAUUGGAACCUGUGAAUGCUGCCUCUUUCGGAAAAUUAAUCAGGUCCGUAUUUUUGGGACUGAGGACGCGACGAUUAGGAACUAGGGGAAACUCAAAAUACCAUUACUACGGAAUCAGAGUCAAACCUGGCUCUUCGUUAAUGAACUUAGAAGACCAAAGCAGUCGCGUGGUACUGAGCUCUAAUAAUACAAACGGAAAAGCUCAAGGAACCGUUCGGCCUUUUAAACGCAGUUCAGAUUCUUCAGACUCGAUUAACUCUGGCUUAUCUCAACAUGUUGCGUAUCUAGGUGAUGGUAGUAGUGCAAUUCCUGCAUUUCCUGAUAUACAAUUUCGUGAACCAUUGCCAGAAGAUUGCGGUUACGAAGACGUAGACACAUUAAAAUCAAUCUAUAGAGAACACUUGGAAGCAUUUUUAGAUGCCAUUUUGAGUUUAGAAUUCGCUACAGUUGAAUCUUUGUGGAGAGAAUUUUGGAGGUCUCAGUAUAAUAAUAACAGCGAUGAAUGUGAAGAAGAAAAAUAUCUUUCGAAGUCAAAGUUGUUUUCUCUAUGCAGUUUGGAGCCUGUUCAGCAUUUUAUGAGACAAGUAGAUUUGGUGUUUUACCAAAAUCUUAUUCAAGUUUUGGUGCCUGACGUUUUGAAACCGAUACCUGCCACUUUGACUCAGAGUAUACGUAACUUUGCUAAAAAUCUAGAAAAUUGGUUAACAACUGCAAUGACUGGUGCUCCUCCAGCGAUGCUCCAAAUAAAGCUUACUGCAGUCUCAGCCUUCAGCUCAAGUUUGCGCCGCUACACUUCACUCAACCACCUCGCUCAAGCAGCUAGAGCUGUCUUGCACAACAGCAACCAAAUAGGACAGAUGUUAGCGGAUCUGAACCGUGUUGAUUUUCAUAGCGUUAGAGAACAAGCAUCAUGGGUAUGUCAAUGUGACAACGAUCUGGUAGCCCGAUUCGAAAACGACUUUAAACUCACCUUACAACAGCAAAACUCUUUGGAACAGUGGGCUUCAUGGUUGAAGAACGUCGUCAAAAGUGCUUUGAAGCCUUAUGAAGGAAAGCCAAGCUUCUCGAAGGCUGCGAGGCAGUUUUUGCUCAAGUGGAGCUUCUACAGUUCCAUGGUUAUCAGGGAUUUGACGCUGCGAUCUGCAGCUAGUUUUGGAAGUUUCCAUUUGAUAAGGUUGCUGUAUGAUGAGUAUAUGUUUUAUUUAAUUGAACAUCAAGUAGCUGAGGCCACAGGAGUUGUACCGAUUGCUGUUAUUCUCGAAGGAAUCAAGCAAGAUAUAAUGGAAAACAGCCUGAGCGUCUACGGCAACGAUGGAUUUUCUGCAACAAAACUGACAUGCGUCAGUCCAACAGAGCCCCUAUCAAAACGUCCUAAAAUUAGCUAGCUUAAAAGCAAAACCAAAAUUGUUGUUUACCCAUUUCAUUGAUUACACUAUUAGAAUAGGUUUUUUCACCAAAAAAUUAUUUAUUCAUUGUUUUGUAAUAGUUACAAACGGACAUUUUUGUUUUAGUUUUAUUUUCAGGUUUGUUGGGACCACCUCUAUCUAUUUCGUUCGGUUCUGGUCAUUUAUGGUUAUACUGAUGCUACUUUUCAACUAAUAUUAGCUUUUUGCAAAUUUAUAGAUGUUUAGAUAUUUUAUAAAGAUCACUAAAAUUAUUAAUUUGAAAAUGAUACAGCGCACUAUAUAAUAAAAAUAAGAAACACUAUUUUUGCGAAUCUAUUAUCCUUAUGAUUUAAUACCACACAUCACGGACAGAAUAAUAUAUGUCACUAUAUCUGUUUCUGUUGGUUUCAUAAUAGUUCUUAUAAAUUGGCUGAUCUAUUCGCUUUAGUUAUAAAACUAUUCUUUUAAGAAACCGUUUCCAUACUCUUUGAGUGGAUUUUUCUGUCGCAUCAAUAUCUGCAGGUUAUCAGCGUUGUGAUGAAAUGAAAUAUGUAGUUACAGCCGGUUCCUAAAAAAACUGAUACGACUCUUAGUAAGAUUUCAUCAUGUUGAGCAGUGUAUUUGAUUGAUCUGACAUUAUAUUUAUUAUGACAGACAAAUAAUAAAAUAAACAAACAACAAACAACUGAUUCAUGAAAAAACUAAUAAGUAUUUUAGAAAAAUUUAAACGCAGGAUGAAAGAUUACAUUAUUACCGAGAGCGGAAAGCCCCUUAGAAUAAACAAGCAGUUUCUAUUGAAUGAAAUAUUUGAAAUUAAAUAUCACACUUUUUUUAUUUUCAGCCCUGUAACUUAUUAAAAUAUUAUAGAAGUUUUCAAGGACUUUCAGCCCUCGGUAAUAAUGUAGUCUUUCAUUCUGAGUUUAAAUUUUUCAAAAAUAUUUAUUAGCUUUCUCAGGAUUCGAAAAAAAAUGAAUACAAUUAAAAUACAUUGAGAAUUUUGACAUGCGUCACAAUUUUGCAUUAACUCAAUGUAAAAUUCUAAACUGUUCCAGCUUCCUUAAUUAUUUGACAUCAAAAGACAUUAGAAACUAUUUGUAGAUGAUUCAAAUCUGUAUUGAAAACAAAAACAACUGUUAAAAUUGGUCUACGUAAUUAAACAUAUUCCAAAAUUUUGUAAAAAUGUAAUACAUUUUAGUUUUCAGCCCAAAUUUAGGCCACACACAAUGCAAUAAUGUUCACAUUUUUGAACUGUCAAUAUUUUUAUUUUAUCAUCUAUUGUUUAAAAACAAUACAGUUGAUAAGAUACCCUCAGUUGCGGAGAAAAUAUUAAUAAUAAAGAUUAAUAAUAAAGUCUAAUAACCGUGGAACAUAAUAAGCUAUCUGACAAAUUUUAAGAUUUGGCAGCGACAUUGACAGUAUGUAAAUAUUAAGUAUUUAUCCUUCAAAAUACACUGCUCAAUUUUCUACAAAAUACGCGUCAAGAGUCGUAUCAGUUUUUUUUGGAACCAGGUGUACAUAUUAAUUCAGCUAGAUUCACUUCUAAUAUUAAUAAUACUUCACUAGAUUCGGCUACCACGGCAUCUUUAGAAUUGUGUUUCUGAUGUUUUCUUCAUCUACCAUAUCUUUUCAAAACGUUUGUUAUCAUUAUAGAUAGUUUAAUCUUCACUGCCACCCUAAAUAGCAUGUUGUUUCAAUACCAUGCUAAUCUCACAACUUCUUCAACCAUGAAGGCUUUCUUCGUCCUGGGCUUGCCUGAUAUUUUUACUUGCACACUAUUUUGUAGCGUAGCUACCUAUAUUUAAGGCAUCUCACUACAUAUCUGAAGUACUCCCAUCUUUUUUUUAUUGGUGGUUUUUAUAAUUUCGAUGAUCUUGAUGAGACGUUUUAGUAUUUUGGAGUUUCGAAUCUUCUCCACCUAUGAACUUUUAAAAUUCUUCUAUAGCACUACAUUUGGAAAGUCUCAAGGAGUUUUAGAUCACUUUUAUUUUAAGUCCAAGACUCCACAACAUAAAAUAAGGCUGAGAACACAUAACAAAGAAGUAGACGAAUCUGCAAUGUCAAUUUUAGGUCUCUGCUGCAUAGUACUGAAACUGAUACUGUUUGAUUCGACCGCAAAUAUCGUUUAGAGCUUCGAUAACUAUAGAGUGCUUAAUACGAUCAAAUUCCUUUUUCAAGUCAAUAAAACAGCCGUACCCGUUCUACAGAUAUAUCACAUCUUUAAGUAAGUUCUUUAAUUCCAAACAUACCUCCCUCGUUCCAAACCCGUUUCAGAAACCAAACUGUGUGUAUUACGUUUAGAAAAUUUUUCAAUAAAUGACUCAACAAGUCAUCAGAUCUUGGGUCUUAUCGUCGUCGAAUAGAUUUCACUUUGUCUUCUACUUCAAGUAUUAUUUUACCAUGUUGUCGUGUAGUAUUUCAAUUUAUCUCUUAUUGAAAAUACCAGUCACUUCUUUUACUUUUUUAUACAUUUCGUACCUAUUUUAUAGUUCUUUAUAGAUUCUUAUAAUUCUUCUGAUAUAGCUGUUGUUACGCUGGACAGUCUUGUACUAUAUGUUUCACUGACAGUGCUGCUUCAUAGUUUUGGCAAAUUGGUUGAAAAUCUUAGCAAUAACGUAGCCAUGAGUAAGUUUAGUAUGAUUAAGGCGUUAUGCUGAGAAGUACUUGAUCUUGACGUUAGAAUUGAAUUGGGGGUUGUUUUGAAGUAACGUCUGGCUUAAUGGUUUUUAGUUUGGAGUCUGUUUGAUUAUAGAUUUUUGUCAGGUUUGGUUGACAAACUAUUUAAUUACAGGAUUCUGAUCUGAGAGCGAUACCAACAAUAGAGAUUAUUGCGUCGUUUACACAACUAAUAAUUUAAUUUCUUGUAUUGAUGUCAGAAGAUCGCAGUUAAAAUAUAGGUUUAAAUUAUGGUGACCCCUUCUUUUGUUAAAUAUAAUAAUCCUAGUUUCUCUGAUAGCAAAUUUACACCAGUUUCUAAUGAUCAUGUUUUCAGUGUGUUUCGAGUUCCUGCUUUUACGUUUUGUUUUUGAUAUACACCAUUAUAAGGUUGCAUUGCAUUACAAGUUUAUUGCCAUUGGAAAUAAAAAUGGGCUUAACACUGGUCCUUGUAGAAUUCCGAUUUUCAAUCAUUGCAUUGUUGGUAUGGUAUAUCAUUGGAUUUUACCUUUACGGAUCUAUUUUCUAAGAAGUUUUUGCUGAAGACCAAGAAGCUGUCAUCUAUAUUCCCAAGUUUUCACAGUUCUCAUGAUAUUUAGGUUCGAGUAGUUUCAAAAGCUUUCUUAAUAUCAAUAUGGAUCUAUUUUUCAAUAAAGUUCACAUGAAUUUUAAAUUUUAGUAAAAUAACAUUUUUAAGUGUGGUAUCCACUUUGAAUAGGUGUGAUAAGAUUACUGAUUUCUAAAUACGAGUUUGACAACUGCAUCACUUAAAGGAACAAAACAGUUUAAAUGUUUAUUUUUUAUUUUUUCUAUUUGUUUCAUUAUUCGUGAUUAUUCUCCUUUUUUCAAUUAAAGAAGUAUGUUUGUUGUAUAUUUCCGACAAUGACUGUCAAAAUAUCUCGCAAGCUCUGUGGAUCGACUAUACAUGUAUACAGCAUAUACGCGAUUAGAAACAUAUCGUCGCUGAUUUGCAAAAAGGGGCCAAGUAACAUUUUUAUAUUUUUACUAAGUGGAACUUAGCUCUUUUUUUACACAACCAGUUUAAAAAAAAAUGUUACUUGGCACCAGAAAAUUUUGAGACCAUCUCAACAACAAUAAGUAAUACACUAGACCCCUUUUUACAGAAUAGGUAGAACCUUCGUACUAUCAUUUUUGCACAUAACCCCUCUUUUGAAUAAAAUAUCACUUGGCACCUUUUUGCAAAUCAGCGACGAUAUUAUUGACUCAAUGUGAUUAUAAGAAUUAUACUGGCAACAUAAUCUACGGAAAAACUAAGGCUCAUUUCGCACCAAGCGAGUCCAAUCGAGUCCAGUCCUGUCGAGUCAAAUGCAGUCAGUCAGUCAUUAACUUUCACACUGAAUGCGUCUUGUGGAAUCAUCAGUGUAGAUACACAUGUGGUUAAAAUGGUUGUAGUUGUUCAAAUAGUAACAUUACGUCGCCUUCGAAGAAGAAGAAUGAGGCAACGCGGAAAACUAUUUUAGUUUCAUCCCAUAGCACAAGAAGAUCUGUUUUUAGUUGAUUUAGGUCCGGUUUCACCAACAACAAAUAAAUCAAUGAAUAGAUUCGUCGAAUAAAAUUUAUUAGACGUUUAUAUAUUUUUAUUUUGCUUAAAUAUAAUUUUGAUAAUUUAAAGUUAAACUGACUGAUUUACUUUCUUAUAGAUAUUUACAGCGAGAUUAACUUGCCAAUUUAUCCGAAGAGUAAAUAUUUAUUUGAUAAAUAAAUAAAAUAAGUCUUAUUUAACGUUAGUAAAAUGGAGAAAUGUCAGUUUAUUGGUAGAAUAACUUUAAUCGUUAAAUAAAAUACUAUUUGUCGUUGGUGAAACCAGUCAUCAGUCAUAAUGUUUCCUGAUUUACUAAUAGAUGAACCUAAAAUGUUUUACAACUAUUUUCGAAUGAUCAUAGAUUUAUGUUUAAUUAAAAAAUGCUAUAAAUUUUAAAUAUCCAUUUUAAUAAAAAAUACUGAUGUAAAAAUUCGACCUCUCGAAUCAUGAAGAGUUUUGACUCGACUCGACCGGUUGUGAUUGGGUUAGGCCUUUUUCAUACUUUACGGCUUUGGUCGUCACGACAAACGGUCGUACGACCGUUUGUCGUGCUCAUCGGACUUUCACACUUGACGACAGUAUUCAUCUUAUUGUCGUAGAGAGCACAGGGCGUAGAAUAAAUCGGGCAAAAAUUUAUUAUUUAUACAUAACAUAUUAUUUAUACGUAGAAAAAGUUCUUUGAACAUCUGCAGAUGUGAUUGGUGCGUAUUUAAAUUUAGACAAAUGUGCCGGUACUAUUUUACAAUAAUAUAAUAAAUUUGGGCUUUCUGCAGACAAAUAUUAGUUUAUUACAUGGCAGGUAUAACGAUGAGUUUUCCCGCUUAUCUAAUAGGCCUAAGGGAUUAAAUUUCUUAUGAUUUAUUGAAUUUAUUAGAGUUUUAUUAUAGCUCUGUAUACUUCAUAGAAUUUUGCUUAAGACAGGAAGUAACAUGAAAUUUCACUAUAGUUUAUCAUAAGAAGUAAAAUAAACAAAGAUAAGCAACAUAUCUUUAAAAUAAGCAUUUUUACUAAAAAUCCUAAUUAUAAUCUUUUGUAAUUAAAUAACAUAAAAUUAAAAAUAAUAAUAUAAUUUAAAUUUAAAAUAAUAAUUGUUCUGAAGCUAUUUUCUUGUGGUCUCUUAUGCAAUUUACUAUUUUAGUUUGGAAUAAGCCACAAUUUUAUUUUAUGAUUAAGUUUAUUUGACGUUUCGAUUUCCACUUCGGAAAUCGUUAUCAAAAUAGUUCUUCUUCUUGUUGUCUUUAUCUUUAUGCGUAUUACAUUACAUGCCAUAAUUAUUUCAAAAUAUUUUAUUUAAUUUGUACUUUAUGUUUUGUUUUAAAUAAAAUGUAACAAUAAAAAUUUUAUUCAAGUAGUGAUACAUUAAAAAUAAUACAAUUAAAAAUGUUGCGUUUACAUACCGUUGGAAAUUAAUGGGCUAAAAAAUUCAGAUUUGUAAUCUACAAGUAUACUUUAAAUGUAAAAUAAAGUAAGUACAACUUAACAAACUUAGUUUUCUCCUGGUCCUCUAAGUUUAAAACAUCAGGGUUAACCUGCACUAAAACUUCACACGCAUGCAUUCCUUGUCGCAUUUCUGUCUUUAUACACAUCCAAAGUUUUGUCCCACAACACUGGUCUACUUUGUACCAGUGCAAUUAAAAAUUCUCCAUCUAUAUUGCCUGCCAUUAUGUACGUGCCACUGGAUUCACUGGUACUACACGACUAACUGUCGUUAAGUAUGGAAGCACUAACUUAUGCCUGUGGUUCACUGAUAGCACGGCACGACACGACCGUCGUCCAUUGCAGUGACAUUGGACGACAGGCGAGGAGCAACGGCACGACAGUUAGUCGUGGUCGUCCUGUGUGAAAGGCUCCGUACAUUGCUGUAUUGGACUAAUGGAAUGUACGACUAACUGUCGUUACUACCGUUUGUCGUGACGACCGAAGUCGUAAAGUGUGAAAUAGGCCUUAGUGUGAAACCAAACAGACGCAUUUGCUUUACUUUCGUGUUAACGAAGCUGGACCUCGAUUUUUGACCCGUACACUCUACAGAUACAGAUAGCGAUUGAUCGAUAACGAAGCGAAGGGUCAAAAAUCGAGGUCCUGGACGAAUCUUCGAGCGUCUGACUGGAUUGGACGUGACUGGACUGGAUUCGCUUGGUGCGAAAUGAGCCUAAGACCUCGAUGUGAAAGACUAGAAGAAGUUUCAAUCAACAUUAAAAAUUGCUAAUUAAGUUGCUGUAAGUUGUUGUCCUGUCCCCGGUGCUGUUUAAUAUAUACUCUGAAUGUAUCUUCGAGCAAGCGCUGGGAGAACUACAGGAAGGCGUAUUAGUCAACGGAGUGCGUCUGAACAACAUUAGAUAUGCCGACGACGCUGUAGUUUUUGCAGACAGUCUAGAUGGUUUGCAAAGAAUAAUGUCGCGCAUAUCAGAUAUAAGUAGAGAAUACGGACUUGAUCUCAAUACGAAAAAAACAAAGUAUAUGGUAGUCAGUAAGCGCGAAAUAUUAAAUACACAGCUUUUGGUUAACCAACAACUAAUUGACAGGGUCGACAGCUACGCAUACCUUGGUACCAACAUAAACAGCCAGUGGGACCACUCAAGUGAAAUAAAACAACGCAUAGGAAAAGCGAGAUCAGCGUUCAUAAUGAUGAAGUCUCUUUUCAGAAGCCACGAUUUACCUCUUGCUACCAAAAUCUCUAUCAUCAGAUGCUAUGUAUUUUCUACGUUAUUAUACGGAGUAGAGGCCUGGACACUUUCCGAGGCUUAUUUGAGAAAACUCGAGGCAUUUGAGAUGUGGUGUUACAGGCGCAUUUUGAGAAUUUCGUGGGUGGAUCGUGUGACUAAUAUUGAGGUUCUACGUAGAAUAGGCAAGGAAUGCGAGAUUAUUAACAUAAUCAAAGAGCGCAAACUAGAAUAUCUUGGCCAUGUUAUGAGGAAUGAACAGAGAUAUGGCUUGUUGCAACUCAUUCUUCAAGGCAAGGUAUUUGGAAAGAGAGGACCAGGGAGAAGAAGAAUAUCUUGGCUUCAAAACCUGAGAAAGUGGUUUAAUACAUCGACAACCGGACUAUUCAGAAUAGCAGCAAGCAAAGUUAGGAUAGCCAUGCUGGUCGCCAACAUCCGGAACGGAUAGGCACCUUAAGAAGAAGAAGAAGUUGUUGUAAAUAUUUCGAUAAGUUGUGUUCUGCUAAAUAGUUAUUGUAUUAUUGACACAUGUAAAUAGUUCAUAUCCAUAAGUUUGCAUAAAAGUUAUCUUGGUUGAAAGGUAUAACCUAUUGUAGCAAAACUGUAGCAAGUGUAAGAAAGUUUAGGUGUUAUUAUAAUUGUGCAAUCUCAGUUAUAUUAAUAUAACUGCAUAUUUAAGUGCCGUCAAAACAUUGGUGUGACAAAUAAUAUAUGUAUAUAAUUUUGUGCAUAUUAUGUUUUGGCACCAGCAAUUUUAUUAUUUGGAUUUCUGUAUGAAGUUGGUGUAGCAAAACCGAAAUUACAUAUAUUUAUAUUAGAUAAUUUGAACGGAAGAAUCAACAGAUAUUUGGACAAAUUAUGUUAAAUAUGCGGGGUGAUUUUUUGGAAAUUCUAAUUAGCACAAUUGUUCAAUUAAUCUAAUAUAUUUAGAGCUAAGUACUAUUAAUCCAAUAUAUAGUGUUAUAAUAGUCAAAAGUUCUCUCCCUCUCGUAUCUUUUGAACGGUUAUAGGUAUUUAAAAUAGUGACAUUUGGAGGGAGGAAAUCAACGGACGUAGGCUUCUCAAAUAGCCAUAACAAGUGACGUAAUAGUGACAGAUGACGUUACAGAGUCACUUUGACCGAUAAUUUUAAAUGGGACCUUGUGACAAGGGAUAUCUCGUUUGAAAGGUAUUGAAAAUUCUAUUCAAUCAUAUUAAUUUUGUUUGGGUUUUAGUUGAUUUUGAUAAAUAAAUUAAAUAUAAAAUUGUAGUUUCACAUUUAAUUAAUAAAUAUUCAAACGUCCGCCUAUGGUUACUUGUCAAAAAAGUUGACGUUGACAUAAAAAUAACUAGAGAAAAACGUCAACUGUUUUGACAAGUAACCAUAUAGCGGACGUUUGAAUAUUUAUUAAUUAAAUACGAAACUACAAUUUUAUAUUUAUUUAAUUUAUUCAUCAACAUAAACUAAAACCCAAAAAAAAAUAGUAUGAUUGAAUAUUGAAUGGGUAUUUUCAAUACCUUUCAAACGAGAUAUCACUUGCCAUAAGGUCCCAUUUAAAAUUAUUGGUCAAAGUGGCUCUGUAACGCCAUCUGUCACUAUUGCGUCACCUGUUAUGACUAUUUGAGAAACCUAGUUCGUUUAAUUCCUUCCUCCAAAUUUUACUAUUAUAAGUUUAACCGUUCAACAGAUACGAGGGAGGAGGGGAAUUUUGACUAGCACUUUAUUUACAACCCAUCAUGUCAUACCUUAUCAAAUGCUUGUGAGACAUCCAAGAAGGCUGCAGUGCAGUAUUCUUUCUUUUCAAUUGCAUCUCUUGUAACCCCCAAAGAAUCACCCUAUAUAAUCAUUAUCAAGUUAAAAGAUGUAUUGCUUUCGAUAAACUUUUUUAAACAUUCCUCUAUUCCGUCGUAUAUUCAGGUUUUAUCUGAAAUUUACUGAAUUGCAUGAAAUAUUUUUCUUUUUACUUAUUUAUUGUGUGGUCACUUUAUUCAAUUAAUUCUUUGUAUUACAAUUUAUAUUUUCUCGAAUCGUGAAACUACUAAUUAUAAAAUAAUAUCUUUUUUGAAAAUUACCAAAUUUUCAUAACAUCUGUGGAGAAAAGUAUGUUAUAAGAUAAUCUUUAUCAUUAAUUUUUAUAUAGUUUAGUUUAGUACAUAGUAUCAUUAGAAAUCAAGUACAUAACAUUGACAGUAUUUAUAAAAUGUCUUCAUCAACUUCAUGCAGUGUUAUUAAUAUUUAUGUAUUUAUUUAUAUUUAUUUUCAUAUUAAAUUAAUCGACUGAUUUUAUUUGUUGAUUUACUUCGAAUUAUAUUGUUUAUGUUUCAUACAAAUUUUUGUUUUCACGAUUAGCAGAGUUAUUUUAGCUUGCGAAUUUCUAUUUUUCGCUGGUUUUGUUUGGAUAUUUUUGUAUUGUAUUUAUACUAUAUAGAUAUACUAUAUGUAUAGAACUAUAUGGAUUUUAUGUAUAUGGGCAUAACAAAUGCUUUGAGAAGAUAUUUAAAACCAAAUCUGAUAAUAUAAACUUCUCGUAAACGACUUUUACUGCUAUAAGCUUGUAUUUUUUUCUAAAAUCAUUAUAUUUUUGCCGAUUAGCUCAGGCGGUAGAGUGUCUGACUUCCACACCGAAGACCGGGAAUCGAAACCCAGCGCCGCGCACAGGCGAGAACAUCUAGAUAUUUUUAAAUAUCUACAGUCCCCAGGUCGCCUGAAUAAAAUGAGUACCUUGGGUAACCUAGGCAGUUGAAGCGUAGCACUGGCUCUGUUACCUUCCUUGUUAGACGGAGAGGCAGCGCUGAAAAAUCUCUUUGAAUUUACUAAAGCUAAAUUUUUCACAGUUGAUUACUGUGAUUGUGUAGAGAAACAUACUGCAGUCGUUCAAGCGAAACGUAGAACAGGGGUUACUGAGAGGGUAUCAAAGUUGCUUUCCUACGAAGGUAAUUAAAUCCAUUUACUAAGGCUAAAAAUCAGUACACACAUUCUAAAUUGAAUAUAAAUAAAAGUUAAUAUAGUCGGUCAGCUGUAUGACAGGACAGAGCCGGUCGGUCGGCCCCAAUAAAUGUACAGGGUUAUUCACUAUAUUUUGACCCCCUUGUAAACUGCUUUAUUUACAGAAUUAGAAAAAAAUGUAAAAUACAAAAGUUAUUCAAUUUUUUAAUUAUGAUUUUUUAACAUAUAUAUCGUACUAGUGACGUCAUCCAUCUGGGCGUGAUGACGUAAUAAACUAUUUUUUUAAAAUGAAAUAGUGGUCGUGUGCUAGCUUAUUUGAAAGGUUAUUCAAUUCUCUAUGCAGUACUAUAAACAUUAAGACCAUUUUUUAUACAGGGUGUUCAAAAACAUUUUUUGAAUUAUUAAUUAAAAAAUUAAUUUAAUUUAAAAAAAAAUUUUUGGACACCCUGUAUACUUAAUUAUGUUAAUGUUUAUAUUACUAAAUAGGGAAUUUAAUAACCUUUCAAAUGAGCUAGCACUCGACCCCUAUUCCCAUUUAAAAAAUAGUCGAUUACGUCAUCACGCCCAAAUGGAUGACGUCACUAGUACGAUAUAUAUGUCAAAAAAUCAUAAUUUAAAAAUCGAAUAACUUUUGUAUUUCACAUUUUUUUCUAAUUCUGUAAAUAAAGCAGUAUUCACUGGGGCCGACCGACCGGCUCUGUCCCGUCAUACAGCUGACCGACUAUAAUAACUUUUAUUUAUAUUCAAUUUAGAAUGUGUGUACUGAUUUUUAGCCUUAGUAAAUGGAUUUAAUUACCUUCGUAGGAAAGCAACUUUGAUACCCUCUCAGUAACCCCUGUUCUACGUUACGCUUGACCGACCACAGUAUGUUUCUCUACACGAUCACAGUAAUUAACUGUGAAAAAUCUUGCUUUAGUAAAUUCAAAGAGAUUUUUCAGCGCUGCCUCUUGGACUAUGUAUGCCGUAGUCCUAGAGCCGCGCUAGCGGUAGAAAGCUAUUAUUAAAUCUUUGUAUUUGACUGUUUAAAUUUCAGGUGCAUUAAAGAAAAAACGUUCGAAUGCAUGAAAAAAAUUUAUCCAUAAAUUUAUAAAUAUUGUGUACAAAGUUAGGUGACAUAUUUUUUUUAAGGAAUUGAUAAAAUUACUCCUUGCAUAUGUUUCUUAAAUAUUAAAUGGUUUUAAAUAUAUUCUCAGACUGUAGAUAAGUUCAUUGCUCAAGAGUGUAAUCCAUCCAUUAUAAAUAAAAAUUAAAAAUUCAUAAAAACAGAAUACGCAGGGUACAUAAUAUUCCUCUUAAUCAGUACAAGUAAGUAGGUAUUUUUGAAUAUUAUAUAUAUAACCGUUCAUUUUGUUAAAAAAAGUAAUUUCUUUCAAAUAGAAGACACUAAUCACAUUCCAAAUAUAUCAUAAAAAUAAAAUAAAUGUUUAACUUUAUUAAAUAUUGGUAGAAAAACUUUCCUACUUUAUAGUACUAACACAAAAUAGAGAGCCCAAAGCAAUUUAAAUUAACAGAAAGGAAAGAAAAACAAUUUAAUAUUUGGCCAUAUUUGUUAUUGGUGGAGGGUCAGAUAAUAGAACAAAUGAUGGAGUUUAGAUACCUAGGCAUCACACUAUCUAGCUACGAAAAGCUCUAAGCAGAAGUGGAAGAUUAAGUGAAUAAAGAAAACAGAGCUGCAAGUUGCCUGAUGAAACAAUAUGGACAAAUAAAAAUAUUGAGAAAAAUGUAAAAAGCAGAAUUUACAAAAUAGUCAUCAUACUAAUAAUAAAAGAAACAUGACCUGACACAGAGAGAACAAAAAGAAUGCUAGAAACAGCAGAAAUGAAAUCCCGUAGAAAAAUCUAUAGUAAGACACUAUGAAUACUAGAAUAUAACUCAUGACAGAUUUUGAACAUAAAAAAAGGAGAGUUUACAUGUAAUUUCACUAGUGCUACUUGGUGGCUACUGGUACAAACAAGUCUCAUUAAUGGUGUACUAGUUGUGGAGAGUCUGUUAAGCUCGGAUGUUGCAAAGUUAAUAGAUUGCUACCAGAAUGUGAAUCUGAAUAUUUGGAGCAAGAAUUGCAACCUCCCUAAAAAAAAGUGAUGUUACAGAACGGGUAUUUUUCAAGAAAAAUCAAGCUACAGUCAUACGGGUAAUAUCAGCCGUCAUAUUAUCCGUAUGCGCGCCAAUGGUGAAUAUUAAAUUCUUAAUUGUAUGUCAAAAAAUGUGCAAUAAUUACAUCUUAAAACCCACCAAAUUUCAUUUGCAUAUCUCAACCUGUUUUAAAGCCAUAAAAUAAAUCGUCAGUUUGUAAGAAAAAAAUCAGCAUGCCGUAUCUCGGAAACGAAGCAUUUGCGUACAUACGUUUAUAAAGCAAACUUUCAUUAUUUUUUCAUGCAGAAUUACCCCUUGAAGUUUGCCAUACUUUUUUAAAAAUACCCUGUAUUGAUGAAAAACAUGGCUAGUUGUUAAAGUACCUAACUUUUUGAUGGUCCAACAUAAGCGAAUGAAUAAAAAACAGAAUGUUGAGAAAACAUGAGGCUGUAGUUUGGUUUUAAUUUUAGUAUUUUACAAAGGCUAGAAUAUUCCACAGGAUGAUGCAAACUUUGAGAAAAAAACACAGUUUGAUUUGUACACCCGGUAUACAAUGAAAAUUUGCCAGUUUAGCAACAAUAUUAUUACAGCGAUAUUGUUAAAGAAUAAGGCUAUAACAUAUUAAACAAUGACUUAAAAUUCGAGACAUCAAAAAUUACACAUUUUUAAGGUGGGCAUAAUUUUGGUCCAGAGUGUAUUUAAGUAUCCGGAAAUAAUUAACCCCAAUAUCAAUUAACACAUAGAACCAAAAGGUUGUUUUCUUACUGUAUGAUACAAACGUUACCGAUCAAACUGCUAAAAUGUUUGCCAAGCAUGACGUCAAGCCUAUUUUCAAAUUAACAAGGCGAUAAAACAAAGUCAUAACUUUUUUUCAUUUGUUAUAAAUAUAAUGGAAUUAAAAUACAAACGUAAUUUCAAUACUAGUUUGAAAGAAACACACAUCACACAAUGUAAAAACACAGGAGCUUAAUAAAACAUCACUUUAGUGUAGAAAUAAAGUAGGUAUAAUCGGGUAUAAUAAAUAAUCGGGUAGGUAUAAUUGGGGUAUUCAAUCAACGGUAUAAUAGAUGCGAUAACAUGGUAGUACAAAAAGUAUUAUCACUGCACUUAUAGUCAGACAUUAAGCAUUAGUUAUGCAAAUUAAGACUUGUUGAGCCAAAAAUCAAUCCUUACGUAGUUGUAGAUGUUCUGAGUUAAGUAUGUUUUCAAAAAAAAAAACAAGAUAUGUUAAAACUUAUUUACCUUAUAAAUACCUAAUAAAUUAAUCGUAGGGGAAAGAAAUCAAUGAGAGCUAACAGUGGUCUUAUAUAAAAAAAUGUGCACUUAAUAUUUAUAUCUAGACUUUAAUUCAAAUAAAAUGCCUUCACAUUCGCCUUUAUAUUCUCAAUUAUGCUAUAAUGCUUAUGCUGAUAAGACAGACAUGGUACAACAUACAAAGAUGCACUCUAAAUGUCACAACACGCAUCGUACUCACGUUUAACCGUGUUAAAACUACUACAAUUCAGACACAGCAUAUAUCGAUUAUUACAUCUAACUUAAGAAUAUUAUUCCAUAGACACUGUAGAUCUUUUACGAUCAGUAUCAUAUUGCCAUGAUAUACUGUAUAUCAUACAGUAUCUUAAUACCGUUUUCGGACAUCAGGGCACAUCUAAAUAUCCAAUGUUUUUUGCAGUCAAAUACAGUACCCUGGAUUAGUUAAUUUUCAAAAUAUCUUAAAAUGUUUAACUUAAGAUAUUGAGUAACGUUGAUCAUUUAGACAAUUUGGAACACUUUCAUUAGAAAUAGACCAUUUAUGAAAUUCAAAAGAUAUUCAUCGAAACUUUUUAAAACUAAAUGUAUCACGAUUUGUUUUACGCAAAAAGUAAUAUACACAUUUUGUUGGUAGUAUAACAUAUAAAUAAUUACUUUAUUACAGAAAAACUAACAUUUUAUUAGUUACAAUUUUCAUAUGAUUCCACUUUUUAAUAAUAAUAAUGCGACUGUACCCAUUUCUUUCACUUUCACUUUGUUUCUCCCUACAUGAGCAUGUACUAACUAGAGGGAGCAGGAUCCUGCCUCUAUAUAUUUUUGCUCUCGAGGCAAUUAGAAUCACUUUUAAUGCUCUGAGCGCGAGAUGUGUACCGACAGAGAAAGCGAAUAAAACUAGACUAAAACUAUCUCUCGUACCCAGCGGUUCAGCUUUUGUACGGGAAAGUAAAGGGGUUUGAGAUCGUUCCAUCAGAUCAAGGCGCGAGAGAGAUAGCGUGUAGUUUAUUUGCUCUCUCUUGCGAUACUUUUCUCGCGCUCAAAGCAUGAAGGCUGCCUCUAAUUACUAUAAUAUGCUCGAAGGUGUAAAUAGAAAUUAAAAACAACUAGUUUGAAAGGAUACAGGAAAUAAUUACGUUGCAUGAAUUCUAAGGUGACAGUAGUAGAAGUCAAAAAAUAGUGUUUUCAGAAACCAUGCGUAUACUCUUUAAACUUAUCAUAUAAACAGAUUUUGGACUUUUAUUUCUUAGAAUUAAUGUGUGUUGUACAAAAAAGUAUGACAUGAAUUGACUUGUACUCUUAUGAAAAUGUAGAGAAGUCAAUAACAGAUCAGAUGAUGAACAAUACUCAGAACCAACAAAAAUUGACUUUACUGUUACUACUUAUCACCUUAGAAUUAUUAUUUUUUUGGAAUAAAGAUAACUUUCUAUAAACGAAAAUGUGGCACCACAAUAACGUGGCGUUUUAAAUAGUAUCUAUUAUCAAAAAUCUAUCAGUUGUAAUGUGAUUAGUGGUCUUAAACACAAAAGUUGCCUCACAAAGAUACGAAUAUAGCUAUAAGUUUGUGAAUAGAAAAAUAUAAAUUUUGUAUUUACAAAAAUUAAAUGUGCUGUUGACAAUUUUGUAUAGUCGCCAUAUUUCACAAAUAAGUAUUUACUGAUUGCAUGUGCUUCAAUUACUGGACCGCAUUGGCUUCGAAUUUUCUUAAAUCGUUGGUCCCAUUUUGGAAUGCAGGGAACUAACAAAACUUGUCGGUUUGUUGUAAAAAUUAAAGUUGCUAGUCAGGGCAAUUGUCGCCCGUUAGAAGCUUUUUGAAAGCCAAUCCGGACUUUAAAAUGCGUGUGACUCGCUAACUUAUCGGUAAAUUUCCGAAUUUGGUAGCCAAAACGCACUAGAGGAUGGUUUUGAUGGUUCGGUUGCUACUAUUUAAAUCAUGGAACGUAUAAAGAUUUCUUUAGAAUAAUUUAUUUAUAGACCUAAUUUUAUAUAUGUAAUAUGAAAAUGGUAUUGUUUUAAAGGUAUUAAAACAGGAAGUUAGAAAGCAGUAGGUCUAGACCAAAUCCCAGUAAAAAGCUUAAAAUGCAUAAAUCAUGAAACCUUAGACAUUGUAGUAGAUUUGUUAACAGAGUGUACAAAAGAAGGGCACAUACCGAAACAAUGCCUACUCUCCACCUUUUUUGUGCUACCCCUAAAAAUGCAAACGCUAUAGACCACAGUGAAUACAGAAUAAUAUCAUUGAUAAUAAGUCAUGUUCUCAAAUUAUUCUUGAAAAUAAUACAUGGUCGUAUAAAUAAAAAUCUGGAAGUAGGAAUAGAUGAUAGUCAGUUUGGGUUCAGAAGCGGAAUAGGAACCAGAGAGGCGUUAUUUGCUUUUAAUGUGAUAGCUCAAAGAUGCAUGGAUGUGUUUGUUACGUUGAUUUUGAAAAAGCAUUUAACAAACUAGGACAUCAAAAAUUAGUCCAAAUUCUACAGACCGUAAACAUAUACAUAUUACGAAUAAUAACAAAACCUUUACUGAAAUCAAAGUCAAAUCCCAAAACCCCGUCCAGAAAUUGAAAUCAGGUGAGGAGUUAGGCAGUGUUGUAUUAUGUCUCCAUUACUAUUCAAUGUAUAGUGAACCAAUUUCUGAAGAAGCAUUACUAUCUGAAAGUGAAGGAAUAAUGAUUAACGAAAUAAUUAUUAACAACAUAAGAUAUGCAGAUGACACCGCGAAUGUGGUAUGCUCUUUUGAAUAACUCCAACUACUACUAAACAAAACAAACAGUUUCUGUGAAAAAUAUGGACUAAAAAUGAUAAAAAGACUAAAUAUAUAAUAACUAAGAAAACAAAUAUAUAAACAAACAUACAUUCGUGUAGCAAGAAAUGCGUUUGUAAAAAUGAAACCAAUUCUCUGCAAUAAAUUCCUUACUCCUAAAGUCCUUAUAGGACUUAAAGUCCUAUUUUCGAUACUACAAUAUGGACUUAAAAGCUGGACAUAAAUAAGCUACAGUCAUUUGAAAUUUAGUGUUACAGAAGAAUGCUUAGAAUGGCAUGGACACAGAAGAAAACGAUUACGGAAGUAUUGCGAGAACAUGGGCAAAGAAUACGAUAUAAAAACACAAUAAAAAUAAGAAAGUUAUAGUCUCACAAUAUCUGGGACACGUAUGAGGGACAGCGAUUCGAAAUGCUAAAACUGAUAAUACAGGAGAAGAUAAGAUGAGGAAGGAGAGUGUCAUAGGUUAAAAAAUUUAAGAGAUUGUUUUAAAUUCAGUAGAAAAUUAAUCAAAUUAGUUUAAAUUUCAGAGCAGCGGUAGCUGCGGUCAAGACAGUGAUGAUAAUAUCCAAUAUUUUAUCAUUUUAAUCGGAUUUUAUCAUUUUAAAAUGACACUACUAAUUAUUGCAACGUUGUAUAUUUAGCUUACUAGAAUAUUUUUGUAGUAUGUAAUUUGCUUUCCAUAAAACUCUGCCGAUUUAAUAUCGGAUUUUAAAUUAACAAGUUAAUUUACCAAAAAAUAUUUUAAAAAAUUAAAAUAUUUUUACGAGCUUAAUUAUUUUGAUCCAAAAAAUCUGAAAAAAAUCAGAGUAUUUAUGGGCAUAAUAAAAAUGUAUGUUCAUGAAUUUUUUCAGAUUUUUUAAAGCAAAGAUCGCUCAUGAAUAUUUUUUUUUGAAAAAAACGCAUUUUUGCGAUAGAGGACACCUAAGGCCAUCCAGGGAGCUAAAAAUUUAGUAAAGGGGUUUUUAAUUAUGCACUUUUGAUUGCCCAGUCUCAAAUAAGAACCCCCGAGUGCAGAUAUUACCAUCUUAUCCAGCCUUUAUAAAAAGCUGAAUUAACACUUCUUGUUUGUUUUAAGAAAGAGAGGUAUAAGUAAAGAGGUAGAUACAAUUAAAAUUAGAAAACUGCAAUAUCUCGAACAUGUCAUGACGGGCGAGCGUUACAACUUGUUCCAAUUAGUAAUACAAGGAAGAAUAUAGGGUAGGAGGAGUCGUAGAAGAAGACGCAUCUCCUGGUUUGAGAGUUUGGUUUAACUGCACUUUUGCUGAUGUCUUUAGAGCAGCGGUAUCGAAAGUGCGAAUUCCCAUGAUGGUUGCCGACCUUCUUAGAGGAGACAUAAUAUGAAGUAGGCACAUGAAAAAAAAGGAUUGUUUUAAAGUCAAUAAACCUUAUUAACGUUUAAUAUGUUUAAAAAAGUUAGAGAAGUAGCUGGUCUUUAUCAUAAGAAAACUCCACAUACUAUAACCGAUUCGUCGGGAAAAAUGAUAAUAGACGAACACGAAAUUCGAACUACCUGGUAUAAUUAUAUAAAUGAACUGUAUAAUGAUGAUAGACCCGAAGAACUGGAAACUUUAGAUGAAGGUGAAGGACCAGAAAUACUAAAAUCAGAAAUACUACAUGCUAUAAAAUUGGCAAAAAAACAAGAAAGCGGUUGGUAUUGACAACAUACCUACAGAAAUUUUAAAGCUCAUAAAUGAGCAAAACAUUGGAAUACUAGUCAAACUUUUCAAUGAUGUUUAUUCGACUGGUGAUAGCCCUGAAGAUUGGUUAAAGUCCGAAUUCAUAACUCUACCAAAAAAACAACGUCCGAAAAACUGUAGCGAUUAUAGAAUGAUAAGCCUUAUGAGCCACACUUUGAAAAUCUUUCUACGUAUUAUCCACAGUAGAAUCAGAGAUAAAUGUGAAGAAGACCAGGAUGAAACACAAUUUGGCUUCAAAAAUGGACUGGGAACCCUGGACGCACUCUUUGCACUAAAUGUAUCAUUGCAGAACUGCCGAGAUCAAAGGAAAGACGUCUUUGCUGUAUUUAUUGACUAUGAAAAGGCCUUUGAUCGAGUACAACAUCACAAAUUAAUUAAAAUAUUAAAGGAUAAAGGAGUUGAUAGUCAAGAUGUACGAAUCAAAGAAAAAUUAUACUGGCGUUAACCAGCGACAGCUUACAUAAAUGGAAAAUCAAUAGGAAUAUGCAAAAUACAAAGUGGUGUCAGACAGGGUUGUAUACUGUCAUCACUGUUAUUUAAUUUAUAUUCAGAUAGAAUAUUUAAAGAAGCGCUGCAUAAUUUGGAAUGGGGUGUGAAAGUUAAUGGAAUUCUAAUAAAUACAAUCAGAUAUGCAGACGAUACGGUUAUUUUAAGUGAUGAUAUGAAUGGAUUACAACACCUUUUAAAUGCCAUUGACACAGUGGGAAGAGAGUUUGGCCUAAACAUAAACUGUUCAAAAACAAAAUACAUGGUAUUUAGCCGUUUGGCCCAUCAAGAUUCUCGGUUAUAUGUUGAUGGUCAUGUAAUUCAAAGAGUACUCAGUUUUAAAUAUCUUGGUUGCCAUAUUACUGAAAAAUUAGAUCCAGAUAAAGAGAUAAAAUGUAGAAUCGAGCACAUUUUUAAAAAUGAGGUCAUUCUUCUGUAAUGAUAACUUGCAACUUCAACUUCGAAAGCGCAUGAUUAAAUGUUACAUUUGGUCAGUCCUCUUGUAUGGUGUCGAAGCAUGGACAUUAAUAAUAUCCACCAUUAAUCGUUUGGAUGCCUUUGAAAUGUAGCUGCACAGACGUACACUGAAAAUACCAUGGACGGCUAUGAUGACAAAUGUGGCAGUCCUUAAGAGAACAAAUGCUGCCCGCGAGCUGCUUGAUAACAUCAAAUAUAGAAAUAUGGCCUAUUUUGGACACGUAGUAAGGGGAGACCGGUAUAAUAUUCUUCAACUUAUUAUGAUGGGUAAAAUCGAAGGACGCAGAGGAAUUGGUAGAAAGCAGGCCUCUUGGUUGAAGAAUAUCCGAGAGUGGACAGGAAUAAAGAAAGCAAAACAACUAUUUAGAAUAGCUCGAGACAGAGACAGUUUCGCCAUGUUAAUCGCCAACGUCAAGGGGACUUGAUAGGGCACGUUAAGAAGAAACCUUAUUAAAUAGUAUUGUUAUCUUGGCUCAUAUUUUUACAUAAAGUUUGACUUUGUCAAAUGUUAAAACAGAUCUUGCGUGCCUUUCACUAUGUGAGAGAUUUUUUUAAUAUUGUUAAUAUGUUUAUUCUUUUAAUUCUUCUUUAACACGGCGUAAUACUUCGUAAUAGAAAGAGUACUAUAGCACAUAAUUAAUUCCUAAUUUAAUAAAUCCAUUUCCACGUUUACGACAUUGUCGUACGUAUAACAGGGUAAAAUACUAUUUAAAUAGUAGCAAUCGAAUUAUUAGAACAGCAGAUGCCGGUGUUGGAUGUUCUGCAAUGUAUUUAGGAAAAGAAAUAAGUGUAUUUUUGUAGAUGUUUAGAUAAAAGACAGCAGCGAGCUUUUCAUACUUAUUUUGAUCUUGUUUACAUCACGGACAAUUUGAAAUUUCUUUUGCACAUAAUGGACUGUGUUAGAUCUCGAAAAAUAAAAGUAAUUUUUAUAUUUUCAAUACUAUGUAAUUACGGUUACAAAUAAACUAGUCUUGUGUUGUUAA